AGUUUCAGAAACCUAUUACUUGCUGCAAUUAGAUGCAUAAUUGUUUUUUGCUUCAUUUGGAUGCCAACAAACGGAUGCACAAUUGUUGUAGCUUUGAAAAAAAUUAGAUUUUUCAAUAUUUAGGGAUUGUAUUGUUGCUUCACUUGCCUGCUGUCAACGAGUUAAUGCAGCGUGCUACUCCCAUCAUGGAGCUCCCUGGGCAGCUUGGACUGUCCGAGAUGAUAAAUGCUAUGGCUGCAAACCAGCCAAUUUAUGCUGUGCAAACCACACCUGGGCCAUACCCUCUUGAGGCUCUUGCUCAGUAUCCUCAUUCCUACAUGCAGCAGGGCCCCUUCCUGACGCCAGUGUCUGGAGCAACAGCCCUGCACCCGGGUGUUCUCACCCGCAGCCACCCUGGUCUCACAGCCCCUGCCCACCACCCAGCCCUCAGAGCUCAAUUGCCUGCGAUCCUGUCAGUGUCAGGAGGAGUCCACCCUGACGCCAACGGUGGCUAUCCGCCACAUCCACGGCUCAUGGCUGACAGCGCUCUUGCUGAACAUCUCCAUCAUCAACAACAACAACAGCAGCAGCAACAACAACAACAACAACCGCCGACUCUUGAAGAAAUACAAUCAGAGCGCAGGAGUCGGUCAGAGCAGAGAGAAGGUAGCGCAGGGUCUGGGGGCAGACGUGACAGAGAGUUCUCUGAAGAACAUCAGCCUGCUGACAGAGACCGCAGAAGUGACCGUAGCCGUGAGCAUCGAAGAGACCGCGACCACAGGGAUAGGCGGGAUCGGAGAGAUCACAGAGAUCGUAACCGGGAUCGGGAUCACGAUCGCAACCGUUCACGCGAUCGCAGCGAUUCUGACCGAGACAGAGACCGUGACCGAGAUCGUCGUGACCGGUACAGAGACGACGAGAGGAGCAGCAGCCCCAAGAUGCGUGGAGAUCGCCACUCUGAGCACCACGACCGCGACUACCAGCCCAUCACCGAGAACGAUAUACGAGAAGAUAUCCUGGCGUGCAGCUUGACCCCAAAGGACAUUCGUCUUGUUCGCAGGAAGGAAUCAGGUGCUUCAAGAGGCUUUGCCUUCGUGGAGUUUUCGACCGUUCAUGAAGCUACUCGCUGGAUGGAAGCAAAACAGGGCGUGCUGGUGCUCUACGACAACGUGCGCUGCUCUCUGCAGUACAGCAUCCCGAAAGACGGCACCGACAGGUCGGGUAAAGGCACCCACGACUGGAUCUGUCACAGGUGCUACGUACAAAACUUCAAGCGUCGGGACAACUGCUUCAAGUGCUCCGCUCCACGCCACUCUGCUGAAGGCGGCGGCGACGGCGGUGACGAGGCCUGCAACUACCCCACCUACAGUAAGUCGUCCCUCAUUGGGUCGGUGCGCAUCGGCCGAGACCCGCUGACGAACAUCUCCCGAACGAACAUCUCCCGUGGCGUGUGUUUCGUGGAGCUCGACUCUGUCUACGACGCCAUGACGCUCUUCAACAAACUCAUGAGCCGCCCUCCCACCAUUGACGGCAAGCCCAUCAACAUUUCGUACUGCAAACUGAACAACCACAGCAACAAUCAAAUGGAUAAACCCACUAACUCAGAGUACUGGGGUCAGAGCCACAGUGGUACGUCAGAUCAAGCUCUCCCUGACACGAACAACAUUGCUGAGCUGGCAGAGUACAGCGCCUCACUGUACGCUAAGACUCCUGAAGAACACGCUACCUACGUACAGUACUACACAGAGUACUUCCAGUCGCAGCAGCACGAGCAGGGCACCACGCAGUCUGACUCAGCAAACGCUGCUGCUGCCGUAGCGCAGUCUGCCCUCAAAGCGAUGCAACACAAGAGCAAUAGUCAGGCAUUAGUCGCCUCCACUACCACCUCCUCUACCGCAUCUGCCACCACUGCCACCUCCGAGACUGCGCCGUCGGCCACUACUCCUGCAGCGUCCGAUGCAUCUGCUACCACUGCCGCAUCUGAAUAUCCUCAGUAUCCCACUCCCGACGUAAGUACGUACCAGUAUGACGAGACCUCAGGCUUUUAUUACGACCCGUCCACGAGUCUUUACUACGACGCCAACACCUGCUACUAUUACAACGCUGAGUCUGGUCAGUACCUCUACUGGGACGCUGAGAAGUCCACGUACCUACCAGCGCCCACCGCUGACCAGAACCAGGCCAACAAGAACAUCAUGCCUGGGGAGAAGAGGGAGAAGGAUAAGGACAAGCAGGAGAAGGUAAAGGUGGCUAAGAAGAUUGCAAAGGACAUGGAGCGGUGGGCCAAGGCGCAGAACAAGCGCAACGAUACAGGCAAAGGAGGCAACGAGACGCUCCCUGGGGGCGCCAGCACGGAUGGCAGCUCCAGCGGCACCGCCGACGCUGCCUUCGCUGUACUCCUGGAGAGACGGUCCAACCCUCCUGAAAAACUCUCCCUUAAAAUGCACCUCAAGAAAGAUCCUCCGUCCCUUAUGGCUGGCGGUUUAUUGAAGAAGUCUGGUUUGGUAGCGGCUUACGGAGGUGACCAGAGCGACAGUGGCGACGAGGAAGCCAGUAAUGUGGCCCCGCCGCCCCCUCAGCAGCCCCCUGCUGACACCCCAGCUAAAAUUAAUGAUAAUGAAUUCCUGGACCUCGUCAAGAUGGCGUGUCUUUUGUGCAAGCGCCAGUUCCCCAACAAAGAAGGCCUUGACAGGCACGUGCUACUGUCAGGCCUUCACAAGAGCAACCUGGAGGCUCUGAAAGGCAAGGAUAACGAAGCCGAGGAUACCAAUUCUGCUCAGUACAGAGACCGAGCUCAGGAACGUCGCUUGAAGUACGGCUUGCCUAGUAAACCUCCUCCAAAUAAACUCAAGGAAAAAUACAUGUCAGUACGGGAGGAAAUAAGCGCCAUCAGCUACGAAGAACCAACUAAACGCGGAAUCGGAGCAGAAAAUAUUGGUAACAAACUCCUGAAGAAGAUGGGCUGGAAUGAUGGACAGGGUCUGGGCAAAAGCAAUCAAGGCCGAACGCAGAUCAUCGAAGCGGAAAGACGCGUGUCGUCGGUAGGCUUGGGUGUACAGUCGAGUAGCUAUGCUGUCGUCGGAGACUCGUACAAGGAUUGCGUCAAGAAAAUGAUGUAUCAUCGAUAUAAAGAGCUCGAGUCUCAAGGAAAAGAUGACGAAGAUGAGGACGACGGCAACAAUUCGUAAAGUUAAAAGUAACUGUUUAUUCAUUCACGAUUUUCCUUGUAGAAAUCUAAUAAGUGAGAUUCUUUAUGCUCAACUGUUUUAUCGCCUAUAAUACGAAAUUAAUUUUAUCGGGUAUCGGAAUGUGUGAUGUGUAUAUUUUCUGUUCAUUUUCAUGUGAAUGCUCCUAUUUCAAUCUCUGAAAUAAGCUUGCCUAUCCAGAAUUAUUUUUUACUCGGUUCUUCACCAGAAACUGUAUAGCAGUUAUAAGCGGCAUUGGCGCAUUAGAUACGAGGCGCUAUACCAAUUUAUGAAUUUGCUUUAGCAACACAAAAAGCUCGAACUACUGCUUCAUGAACCAUAUUUAAUAUUUAUUAAUACUUUUUUGGGUACGAUAAGUUAAGAAUUAUUUGUCUCCCUAGCCCGGUUGUCGAAAUAACGUACGAUAUCUUCCUGCCGUUUCUUGAAUACUUUUCUUCGGGUCACGAUUGUCUGUAAACUUUUCACCUUGUUGCUCAGAUUUCCUUGUGUAUUGUACAAUUAAUUUUGCCGUAACAAUUUAUAGAAAGUUCAGUGAGUUGAUGCCAAAUCUUGAAUAAAAUUAAACUCUGCCAUGUGAGAAUUUCUACCAAACUCAAUAAUUCAACACCGCUUCUCGACGGAGUACUUAACCUAUUAAUCGUCAAGAUUAAUAUGGUCGUCAAUCUUGGAUGUGGUAAGCAAGAAUAUCGAAUAAUAUGGGCAUUGUCACUAAACUGUGGAAAAUUGACAAUUUCGCUAUCCAAUGUGUCGAGUAUCCUGAAUUUUGUUUUAAUCGUGUCCUUGUUGCGUGAAUUUGUAUCCCUUCAGCUCAUUGAGAUAAAUCUGUGACGUAAAUUUUUGUUUUUCAUCUUGGUAUUGUCAAUAUUUUGUUGUUAUGGUUCCUCGUGAUCUGUAACAUAGGAAUACUUGCGUCGUUCCCGAGACGAAGGCUCCGAGAUCAUCGCUAGUUACACGACAAAUCUUGUUGUUUAGGUGCUUCUGAAGAUUCGAUGUUGGAUUCUCUGCGUUGCAGUAGUUACAUGGCAUUUGUAAUAAAUUAGACGUAGGCUCUCUGUAAAUGCGUCAUUAAUAGACUUAUUUACUCACUUUUUUUUUUCCAGUGGUCACAAACUUGACCUAUUCAUUUUGGUUGAUAUGUUUUUGCCAACCUACAUUACCAUGUUAGCUCAUCUCUUAGGCUGACUUAGUAAAGGCGCUAAGGCUGGGCAGCAUAAUUAAAUUUCGUUUGUUGAUCGACUUCCGUACGGUUACUAUGUUUUCAACACCCAAAACCAGUGUAUUAUUGAAUAGAGCAACAUUAUCGUAUAUUCCUGUGUAAAUAAAAUUUGCAUUAUAUUUAAUCAUCCCAU